GCAACAUUGUGUACUUGCUAUCGGUCGUUGCAUCAUCGAUUUAGGCAAGAUGUCCGAGAAAAAAAUUAUCCCCGUAGUCAAGGCCGAAGAGGCUGAGGAGGAAGAAAUGGUUGAUCCCCAGACUCAACUAAGGGAGGUGUGCUCACAGAAGUCUGAUGCGCAGAACCUAUGGUCAAAGUACCAGGAGUGCAAUGACCGCGUCAACUCCCGUUCUCAGACCACAGAGACGUGCGAAGAGGAACUCAUUGACUAUCUGCAUGUCCUUGAUCACUGCGUGACAAAGGACCUCUUCAAAAGGCUAAAGUAAUUUAAUUUUAAUUUCCUGCCCUGAACUGCCACCUAAACUACCAUUAUUAUGCUACACAAUGUGUGCUUUCAUAGUAUACUUUGGUACAAAGGGUAGAUGUAGUUUUAGCAAAUUUAUUUAUGUACCAAGUGUGGAGAUCGCAGAGUUGAACUUAUUGUUUAUUUGUAAAUAAAUAAUCGCCG